UCCUGAUGUGCUACUUAACAAUUCAGCAUUUAAAAUACUGUUGGCCAAUCAGAUUGAAGCUCCUAAGAUUUCUUUACUGUCAUAAGGUGGAGGAGUGGAAGAUGUUUGGCAUGACAGCUCUCUUACAUGCCAAUGCCAGCUAAACUCGCCAAAACUCGAAGAACUGCUGAUGAUUUAGAGGUCCUUUUUCAUUUUCUCUAGAGUACUUCAGAUGCCACAUCAGUUAUGGGGAAUUGCAUGUUUCAGCUUUUGUCUCUCACAGAAGUCUUCCUUUUCGUCUUGUCUGUACCGUAUGAGUACAUCCUAGUCCAACAGGGGAAAAAUUGGAAUGAUGCUCGGACUUACUGCCAAGUCAAAUACAUUGACUUGGCUAUUGCUGGAGUCAGUGAUGACAUGGUCAAGCUUCAAAAUGAGGCACAGAAGCAACAAUUGACUUCCAAUGCUUGGAUUGGCCUAUACAAUGCUAUUAAUAGCUGGCACUGGUCCCUGGGAAACCAGCCACUCGGAAAUGUGACAGAUUGGUGUGCCGGUGAGCCGACCUAUGCAAUGGAAGCUUGUGGUGGGAUAAAGCCAAGCUGUUGGUUUGACUAUUUUUGUACAGCAGCAUUUCCCUUUGUGUGCUUUGAUGACAGGAACACUGGGUCCAGCAGAUACAUUGUUAUUUCUACUUCUAAGUCUUUUUCUAAUGCUCAGAGUUACUGCAGGCAAUAUCACACAGACCUGGCCAGUGUUACAACCAUAGAGGAAAAUACACUGAUAAAAGGAAAAGUCUCUGGUGAUGCUUGGAUUGGUCUGUCCAGAGACACCUGGAAGUGGGUAGACCAGAGUACAUUCUCUACCUUUAGUUGGGUGACAGGAAAACCAAACAAUAUAGGUUCAUAUGAUAAUUGUGGUAAUUUUCUUAAAGGCCUUGUUGAUGCUGCACCAUGCUCUGAUAUAAAGCCUUUCUUCUGUCUCAGAGAUUUUACAAAAAAACAAACCAUAAGAAUGAAGAUUAGAUCGAAUCAGGAUAUGAAUGAUCCUGCAGUGAAUGCAGCAAUCUCACAGAUGGUAAAGCAAAAACUGGAGGAACAUGGGAUAUCAAAUAACACCACAAUAAAAUGGAUUGUGCAACCAGAUGGCAUGGUCUUUCAAAAGUUAAACGUAAAUAAUAAUAUUUUAUAAAUCAGUUAAUUUGAGCAUUCUGUUCUAGUGCUUUUUUGACUAAAUUGCUACAUGAACAUCAGUUUCAACUUGUAAACAUAGAUAAGCAUUAAUAUGCAUUUUUUAAUGACCAUAAAUGUUUAAUGUGCAUACAGAGGCCUGUAGGUCAAAUGAGUUAUCUCUUUGGUUUUACUUUAUAUUUCUGACCAUGGACUGAAUUUGAUGGGACACCCACUCCUGGGAAAAUGAGCAACUCUCUGGGGAACUGUCUUGUAGGCUCUUCAUUUGUAAACAAUCCUUUUAACUCAGUAUGUUAAAUAAUCUGUUUGUAAUCAGAUGGAAAAGUCUUCAUGUAAAUACCUCAAAAAAUACCUUGAAUUUUAAAUUGUUAGGAGAGGUUUUUCUAACCCUUCCCAGAGCGAUGAACAGCAACAAUUGCUUCUCAGAGAUCUUUGCUGAUGUCCUUUUUUUCUUGCCAUGAUGUAGACAUGUAUCUCAAUGCUUCAGAAUACAACACUGCUUUUAUAGAGGUAGUUACACUUAUUUAUGAUUAACUAAACUUCUGUAUUUCUUAUUAACACCUAGCCAUUAACUCUCUUAAUGAUUGAGGAUGUAGGAAGGGUGCAAAUCUUUUUUCACUGGAUUCUAAAUGUUGAUUUAGUUUUUGGGAAAAAUUACUACAUAUUGAAGUCUCUGUUUUUUCUUUAUUUUUUAGUUGGUGAGGGCUACACAAUUGUUAUUUAAUCUGUGUAAGA